UCCACGAAAUGCAGCACCCUGUCAUUCGAUUCAGCGGUGCACAAAUCGUGCCGCUAAAACACCGCAUACGCACGUCUGCUAUCUGCACAACGUAGGGUGCGUUGUUUACACAUCAGAAACUGACCAUACUUGGGUUCGGGACCUCCCAAGCUUACGCGGACUGUGCAUAUUAGAUGGCCAAUUAACAUAAGGCCUGCUCAGCUGCGUCGGCACCUUGAUCGGCAUUCGCUUCAAGCGCGCGUUAUGCCCCCACCAAUUCUCGUGCCCCGCCGUCAACAGGUUGUAGUGGUGCAGGCUAAUCGAACGGACCUAAGGUUGACGCUAGUAAGACGCUAGCGCCUGCUAGCGCGUAUAAGCGAUUGUUAAAGAAAGGAAGAGAAAGCGCCGCAACCACAGCGCUGUACGGGAAGGGGUGAGAGAGGCAUAUAGGGCGAGAGUAGAAAAGAUAAAGUGGAAAACAACAAAAAAAGGGGGAGAAGAAAAAAAGAAAGAGAAAGAAAAACGCAACUGCCAGCGCCUCUAGCGGUUAUAUUAUUUACUUGCACUGAUUGAGAAUGUAUGCACCAGCAACGACGCUGCUGCAGCACUCGUCACCAAGUCAAGUUAACUUCAAUGUGUGACGUUACCACGAUACGGGCCUAAGUGCCGCGGACGGACUUGCACCGUAUUUCAGAUGGAGGGCAUCACUGCAUACAGCUGCAAACGGUGCCAUCGAAGAGAACCCACUCUGUGUGCCCUUUUUCGGCAUUUUAACGCAUGUCAUGGGAGUGAGAGCAACUGGACCUGCAGUUUGGAGGGCUGCUCUAAGAGCUACAAGGUCUACAGGUCAUAUCGCAUACAUGUAAGCAAGUGCCACAAACACUUCCUCACUCCCAACGCUGACAUGGCUGACCAAUGCGCUGGUCGAUCAGGAUCCAGUGACCCUCAUCCCAGCACUGAUAUGGCUGACCGGCGUGCUGGUACAUCAGGGUCCAGUCAAAGUGUGGUGAAUGAGCAGAGUGUGUGUGAUGCUGAGCCUGACCUGGAUUCCAGCUGUGCAGACCCAGGUGAUGAAUGUGCUAUGUGUCUCUCGUCUCUACUGCUCAAGUGGCAAGAAGGGAAACAGUUGCCUGAGGGUGCUAUUACUGGCAUUGCAAAUGACAUCAUUGACUUUUUUAUGGCAUAUAAAUCAAGCUCCAUAGUUGACACAUCAAAGAUUGAGCAACUCAGAACUAAAUGUGGGAGGGAGAGACACUGGAAACGUAUGUAUGGAUUCAUUUCUCCACACACUGUAAACAUAAGCACUAGUCAACAGGCAUCUGAGAGCUAUUUAGAUAUCCCUAUAUUGGACACUAUAAAGGCUGUUGCCACAGCACGAAAUUUUUUUUCUGAAGCCGAACUGGGCAUUUCAUAUAGUCAAGGCAGUGACUCAAUGCUGUUGAAAGAUGUAACUGAUGGGUCUUACUUUCGGGAACACUGCAUAUUCAGAAAUGCAAAAGAUCAAAAUCUGUUCAUUCUUCAAUUGUACUUUGACGAAUUUGAAGUCUGCAACCCUUUGGGUAGCAAACGUGGAAAGCAUAAGGUUUUAGGAGGAUAUUUCACCAUUUUGAAUGAACUUCCUAAAACCCGUUCAAAACUUGCUGAAAAGUAUUUAGUCCUCCUUGUCAAGAAGUCUGUUGUUAAUAAGAUUUCUCUGCACCAGGUUGUUCAGCUGCUUCUUGCUGAUAUACACCAUCUAGAAGUGCAUGGAGUUGAGCUUAGUAGAAAGACUGUGAAGGGCUCAGUGCUGUAUGUGAGUGGCGACAAUUUAUCUAGCCACCAGUUUGGUGGUUUUCGCGAAUGCUUCUCAUCAGGUCCUAUUUGCCGUUUCUGUAUGGCGACAAGAGAAGAGAUAAAUGGCAAAUGGCAUGAGAAUGAGUUCACCUUAAGAACAAAAGAAAUGCAUGCACGUCAUGCCCAAUUGACUCAGACAGACAAGAGCCUUUCAAGCGUGUAUGGAGUCUCGGGGGAGAGCUGCAUGAAUGCACUCCAGUCAUUUGAUGUGGUGCAAGGUUUGCCGCCCGAUAUAAUGCACGAUCUAUUUGAGGGGGUGAUUCCUUUUGCAAUGAAACAUGUCAUCUCUCACUUGGUCACCAAUAAUAUCCUCACUCUCGAUCGGCUGAAUCAGAGGCUUAGCUCAUUUAGUUUUCAAGGUGCAGACAAGAAGUCCAAGUUACCCCCAUUUCUCAUCAGGCAGUGCACGGAAAAGCAAUGAUCAAAGGCUCAGCAGCAGAAAAGCUUUGCUUUUUUCGUUUUUUUUCUCUCAUUGUAGGAGACUGUGUGGCUGAAGAAAACAGGGCCUAUAGAGUAUACCUUAAGUUGCGAGCUGUGCUAGACAUUGUUCUCGCACCACAGGUCAGCCGCAGUGCAGCACCCUAUCUACAAACUCUGAUUGAGGACUUCUACAGUGAAUUUAGAGAAACGUUCCCCGAUGUGAACAUAAUUCCAAAAAUGCACUACAUAAUUCAUUAUCCCAGGCUCUUGCUUUCCUGUGGCCCACUCAGUAAGCUGUCUUGCAUACGUUUUGAGGCAAAGCACCAGUUCUUUAAAUCUCUUGCUAGAAAGACCCGCAACUUUAAGAACAUUUGUGCAACACUGGCUCGUCGUCAUCAGCUCCAAUUCAUGUAUGAACUGUCACAACAGCACGAAUCACUUGUGGCUGUUGGAAGAAGAAAGGCAGAGGAAAACUCAUUACCAGAAGUAUUGAAAGGAAAGCUUCGUGAUCUCGGACUUGACAGUACAGAUGUCUACAUUAUUUCAUCGCUCACAGCAUCUGAACGGAAGCUACAUAAAGACUGUGUUAUUCCAUUGGCAGUAACGGAAGAUGAGCUCCCUACUUUUGCACGAGUCACAACAAUUGCGAAUUGCAAUUCCAGGUAUUUUCUUGUUGCAUCAAUACUAAGUACAAAACAUUUUGAUGAGCACUUUCAUGCUUUUGUUGUAGACCACACAGGCAACACUGUUAUCAUUGAGGAUCUUCAACACAAUGCGGAGUUUUUUGAUCCACUUUACUUGUACAGGCAAAAAGGUGUUUGUUACGUGUGUCCUCGUUACACUUUCUUCAGCGUAGAGCAAUGAUGUACGUUUCAUUGUGUUUAUUGUUUAUGUUGUGUUUUUUACGUCUGUCCUCAUCACACAUUCUUCAGCAAAGAGCAGCGAUAUACAUUUCAUUGUGUGUACUGUCUAUGCUGUGCAGUUGACUACCCAGGUGUGCCGGCCAAACCCAGACUUUCGAAAGCAGUAUAUUCUGCAAGAGAAGCUGUAUAUAGGACUCCAGAUUGUUUGGUUUUUACCACCUAAGUUAUUUUACAUGCAGGCAGAGCUUGAUAUACAUUUUUGCUCUUGUGGAAGUUUGCCCACCACAGCUGUAAAUUAAAUUCAUUACUAUGUGCACAGCGGCAAAUCAUAGCUACCGAGCCGUAGAGGUACUUUGGCCCAUUUGCUAUCAAACUGCAGCGAUAGCCACUGUAGUGAAGUGCACAAAAAAAAGAAAUGCUUGAAACAAAUGCUUUCUAGACAAUUUUAAAUUAUCAGAAGACAAUGCCAGAUGAGGUGCCUGUAGUAAUUUCGAUACUUGCUUCCAAAAGAAAUCAAGCUUCUGCUCUAUCACCCGCUCUUUAGCUCUCAUUUAAAUUAUUGCCAAGUGUGGGGUACAACGACGGUCACUAAUCUAAUCAAAUAUACCUGGUUCAGAAAAAAAUGUAUUAGGCAAAUUUUCAAUGUGCAUUUUACAGCAACUACUAACGUUUUAUUCUGCAGUUCAGGAAUAGUUAAGAUUCAUCAGAUCCACAAUUAUAUAUCAAGCAGCAAAUUCAAAUGAGAAACUCUUAAAAACUUCACAACUUUGCACAUUUUAGACAACUUACGAAUUAGGCACUUAAAUUAUCCCGCAUGCCAUGGAGAAAAUUUAGAGGUAGGCACAGUACGAUUAAACUACUGAAAAGAGCGCUUGUCUAACGCUCUUCCCUCCCUUAUAAAUCACUACGACCUUAGCAAUUUUGACUUAAUUGUUCACAUCAGGACAUCCCCAUGUUAUACACAGUGCUGUAUAACUCCGAAACUAGGACUACUUAGAACUUUUUAUUAUGCAGCUUGUCAAGUGUCAAAUCGAUACUCUUGUAUCUAAUUGUCUUAUUUGGUUGUAUGUAGCUGUUUGUAAUAAGCUGAUUUCUAUAUUGUUCUUUCUUUACAUAUUCAGUGUACUUGUUCUAGGUAUUUGUAACUGUACAGCAUUCAGAUGUUUAUUUUUCUAAAAAAAAUUUGUAUUUCAUUUUUUACACAUAUUGUUAUACUUGAACUCUUCUGUAACUAUGUAUUAGCUUUGCAUUUCCAUUCUUUAGUGUUCAUGCUCUAUUGUAGGCCGCCAUCUGUUAAAUGUCAAUUUUCCCUUAAUUUACCGUAGUGCUAUUACCGCUCUUAAAUUUUUCUACAUGGCUGUGAACUAGUCAAGCUGUUUUGAAAAAGAGCUUCUUGUCAGUGCUUUUUUCUGUAUCUUGACAGAAUGAAAAUAAACUUGAUUUGAUUAAUAAUUUAAUUGAUUUUUGAUGUGCUCGGGUGUGGUAUCAUUUUUGAAGACCACUUAGUAAAAUUUUGCUGAUGGAAGAAUAGUGAAAGAAAAUGUGCAUUGCAUAGGAGUAAGACUGUGUCAGACCUGAGCACCCCUCGUAAAUGCAAGAGUAGUUGCAAUCACGGAACAUAUCAAGGCACACAUUUUUUUUCAAACAAUUUUUCUUACUGGCCUGCAUUUAUCUAAUCUAUGCUGUUUAGGGAAGCCCAUGCAA